ACAGCCGCCAUGCCGCCGGAAGGUGUACUCCUUCUUCCUCUCCCCGCCGCCCAACCGCCUUCCGCCGUUCCGCUCCACCACAGGCAGUCUGUCCCACCCCAACAGACCCAGGCAGCAAGACUCGCCGCUCCGGCCUCUUCCCCUCCGCUUUUCGCCCUUCUCGGCCUCGUCAAGUCGGGCUCGCAGCCCUCGGGGGAGGCGGACCGCGGCCUCUCUGCCGGGAGGAACCAAAGCUCCGCGGGGGAGCGCUUCCAGCCGGGGCCGGCUCGCAACGCCCCCGCCCUUUCCGGCGGGAAGGCGGCGGCGGGCGGAGGCGCGGCGAGACGCGCGGAGUGGCGCUGGGGCCGCCACCAUGCCGCAGAACGAGCACAUCGAGCUGCACCGCAGGCGCUAUGGGUACCGGCUGGACCACCACGAGAGGAAGAGGAAGAAGGAGGGCCGGGAGGCGCACGAGCGGUCCCGGAGGGCCAAGAAGAUGAUCGGGCUGAAGGCGAAGCUCUACCACAAGCAGCGGCACGCCGAGAAGAUACAGAUGAAGAAGACCAUUAAAAUGCACGAAAAGAGAAAUACAAAGGAAAAGAAUGAUGAAAAAACACCUAAAGGAGCGGUACCAGCAUACCUGCUGGACAGAGAGGGCCAGUCCCGAGCUAAGGUUCUCUCUAACAUGAUCAAGCAGAAAAGAAAAGAAAAAGCUGGGAAAUGGGAGGUUCCUGUGCCGAAGGUCCGUGCACAAGGAGAAACAGAAGUUUUAAAAGUGAUUCGUACAGGAAAGAGAAAGAAGAAGGCCUGGAAGAGAAUGGUUACCAAAGUUUGUUUUGUUGGAGAUGGCUUUACUAGGAAGCCUCCUAAAUACGAGCGAUUCAUCCGACCAAUGGGCUUACGUUUCAAGAAGGCUCAUGUGACACAUCCUGAACUUAAAGCUACUUUUUGCCUACCUAUCCUUGGUGUAAAAAAGAAUCCUUCUUCUCCUCUGUAUACAACGCUGGGUGUAAUUACCAAGGGUACCGUCAUUGAGGUGAACGUGAGCGAGCUAGGCCUCGUGACACAAGGGGGCAAAGUUAUCUGGGGGAAAUAUGCACAAGUAACAAACAAUCCAGAAAAUGAUGGCUGUAUUAAUGCAGUUCUACUUGUUUAAGUUGUGUUUGAAACUAAGCACUGGACAUGAGCUCCUGCAAAAUUAGUACGGGUUCAACAAGCUUGCAAGAUCUCUGGAACCUUCAACCAUUCAAGAAUAUUGAUGCCACAAGAUGGUGAGGAACUUAAAUAUGCCAGGAACAACUGCUUGGGUUUUUAUACUUAAUAUGUCUGCUCAUCUGAACACUGUCCAAAUAAAGUGAUUCAAUUUUCA